AUGAGUUCUCCUGACGCAAUUCAUCAAAUAUAUCAAAAUGGAUACCAGAAACAACUACUCCAAGACAAAGAAAACCUGAUCAUUGAAGAAGCUCGCAAAUUAAAGGCAACUCACCUUUCUUUCUUAUUGACUCUGACUAAAAUUACGUUUCCACCUGAUGAAGUACUCAGAAUUUUAAUGGAAGUAGUUAAAACAGUUUCACCUGACCUCGUUUUAUACAAAAAAUGCGCUACAAUUUUUCAAGAACUUGCACCUCAAUUAGAUAUCGAGCAAAUCGUCGAAAAAUUCCCGAAUGAAGAUCAAGUGACACGAGGCCUCAUAAUUGGGAUUAUUCCCAUUCCUGUUGAUCCACAAUACAUCAGAUUUGUUUUUCAAGCAGCCACUUCUCAGUUUGUUAUCAACAGAAUUGCAUUUCUUAAAUAUAUCGAAAGAUGCAUUGAUACACAAAUACCACCCGAUUAUACUAGAUUAUUUUGUGGAGUUUUAGAAUCGCUAAGUAAUGAUCAAAGUCCUUACGUCAGAGCUGCUUGGGUGAAGCCAGCUUUGUAUUUUCUUAAAGACAAUCCUCAUAUUAAGGGUUUUAUUAAGAGAAUGACCGAUCCAAGUGAAGCUGUUGAAGUUAGAAUUUCGAUGGCCCUUAAUUUCAAGGCUGUUUAUGAACUUUCUUCUGUAUCUGCAUUAAGAUUACUAAUAUCAACUGAACCUCGUGUUAUUGUUGCGUUUUUACCACAUAUUGAACAAUAUAAUUUUACAUAUGAACAAUUAAGACCUAUUUACGAAUGUGUGGAUACAACGGUUCGUGUCUUCAUCGUUAGAUACCUCGGAUUCAAGAAGAAAGAAUUAAUUGACGAAUAUAUCUUAUCUGAGUCAAAUGAAGUCAUAAAUGAAACUACGAAAUGGCUUGGAAAGCAUCCUGAAUAUGCAAGCUAUAUCAUUAAAUUGAUAGAUAUAACUAAAUCAAAGGAAAAAACUGAUCUGCUCAUUUGGAGAACAAAUUACGAACUUUUAAGUAUCCCUAAAGAGACAAUAUUAGCUGUAGGACCACCAAUGUACGAAUUAGCCGAACAAUGCGUUUUCCGUCACCCACAAAUCUUAAUGAAGAAAGCUUGCGAAGUAAUCAUGAUCUUUUCGGAGGAUUCAGUCGAUUACAUUAAACGUAAGUUCGAAAUCGUCCGAAAACUCAAGUCAAUGAACACAAAUUAUGCAAACAUCGGAGUUUCCAUUUUAGAUCCAGAAAAUAACUGA